AUGGGAAUCAACAUUACUGCCGGACGCUGUGGGAUAUGGGAUCUCAGACGACGCUGCGCGGUGCUGGUGGAGAGCAUGGGAAGAGCUUCGUCAGCUUACACCAAGGGCAUAGCUACCAUAAGGUUGCAUUCUAGAGUCAACGAAGGCCUGGAGAUCAACUUAGAUUUAUACAUUUUACGUACAAUAAUGUCUACCACACCGGUAACGUCAAUUGGUACCAGUUCUUGGAACCAUAUAAAUUGGUUACGACUUGCCGAUCUCACAUUUGGAACACCUGGACAUAUAGAUCUGCUUCUAGGUGCUGAUACUUGGAGCGCAAUUAUCCAGGACGGGGAAGUUGCGGGUAAUGUAAACCAACCGUGCGCGCUGCAGACCCGCCUCGGGCAUGCAUAUACAGCUAAUAAAUGCGAUGUACAACGGCUGGAUGUUUUGUUGCCGCAGUUUUCGGAGGAAGAAGCAUCCUCAGAGAUACGAAACCCUGAAGAGGACGAGUGUGAAUGCAUCUUCAUGAACACUGUCACGCGGAGGCCAGACGGGCGAUAUAGUGUUCAAAUUCCAUUUCGUCGUGACGCCCUGGGACUUGGGUAUUCUCGCAGGGCAGUGCUACCCCAAUUUCUUCAGUUGGAACGCAAGUUGGCAAGCAAUCAGAAGCUCCGUGAGAAAUAUGUGGAGUUUAUGCGAGAAUACGAGGCACUGGGUCACAUGAAAGUGGUUGGGGAUUCUGAUAUGUGA